UAAGGAAUCAAUCUCCUCUGCACAGGAUUGGGCUUAUAAACAUAAACACACAUAACAUCAAACACCAUGACGUAUUCAACAUUGAAACGGUCACUGGAGAUUGAGUUAAUAUCAGCGGAGGGACUCAAGGUAGAUCGAAAACCGGUGAAGAGAAAGACAUUCUGCAUCGUCAGAAUAGACCAGAAGAGUCAGGCUUGUAAACCGGAUGAACUGGGUGGGAGUUAUCCGGUUUGGAAAGAUAAGAUCGAGAUGGACAUGGCGAUGAACGGUAGUGUAAGGUUUAUCUCCAUCGAAGUGUUAUAUAAAACAAGUGGUGGAGCUGAGAAGAGUGUUGGGCUCGCUAAGAUUCCAGUGACGGAUUUCAUGGGAGGUUUUGCUCCUCAAGGGCAUUUAAACUUCUUGAGUUACAGGUUGAGAGACGAGUAUGGCGACAAGAGUGGGAUCGUUAAUGUGUCAAUAAUGGUGAAGCCUGACGGUAACGGUUUAAAAUACUCAUCGCCUUCUAUGGCGGCUCCAGCGGAUUAUGCGGCGUGUUCUUCACAGGCGGCUGCGGCGGCGAAUGGUCAAAUGUGGAGACCACCAAGGACAUCUUCAUCAAUGGCGUUGACGACUGGUUACAGAGGUCGUGUAGUAGUAACAGGAGUUCCUGUUUGGGGUGCGUAUCCACGGUCGUCCUAA